UACCCAUUAACCCCAACAUGAACCCUACCUUCAUCACCUUCUUCCUCCUCUCCUUCCUCACCCUAACCCUAGCCCAACUCUCUUCUCCUCCUCCACCUUCCACCACACCAAUCCCUCCCUCCACCGCCUGCAACUCCACUCCCGACCCCUCCUUCUGCCGCUCCAUCCUCCCCCAUAACGGCUCCCAACCCCUCUACUCCUACGGCCGCUUCUCCCUCUCUAAAUCCCUCGCCAACGCCUACAAAUUCCUCUCACUCAUCGAUCGCUACCUUGGCCGCAGCUUGUCUCUCCCCACGCCGACAACCCGCGCUCUCGAGGACUGCCAUCUGCUCGCCGGCCUCAACAUCGAUUUUCUCGCCUCCGCCUGCUCGGCUCUUAACUCCACUUCAACGGCUCUCCUCGACCCCGAAGCCGAGCAGCUCCAAACCCUCCUCUCCGCGCUUCUUACAAACCAACAAACUUGUCUCGAGGGGUUGGAAGAUGCGGACAAGGCCAACGCCGCCGCCGGAAUUCUCGCACCUUCGAUUGUGAAUGGAACGAAAUUCUAUAGCGUUUCGCUCGCGCUGUUCACCAAGGCUUGGGUCUCUAAUCGGAGGAAGUCAAAGAAGUCGCCAUUGAUAAAGCGCUUAGCUACGGUCUUUCAUCCGACGGCGGUGAGGAGGAACCUGCUUUUUCAUGAGGUAGAAAUCGGCAGCGACGGCGAGCUUCCGCUGAGAAUGUCGGAAGCAAACCGAGCGGUGGUGGAGCGCCGGACGGGGCGGCGGUUGCUGCAGUCGUCGGAUUCAGUUCUCGUGAGCGCGACUGUGGUGGUGAGCCAGGACGGGACGGGGAAUUUUACCACCAUAAGCGAUGCGGUGGCGGCGGCGCCGAACAAAACAGACGGCAGCGACGGUUAUUAUUUGAUCGUCGUGAGCGCCGGCGUGUAUUCGGAAUACGUGACGGUGCCGAAGAAUAAGCGUUAUAUCAUGAUGAUCGGCGAAGGGAUUAAUCGGACGGUUGUGACCGGGAAUCAUAACAACGUUGAUGGCUGGACCACCUUUAACUCGGCUACUUUUGCCGUCGUAGGCCAAGGCUUCGUGGCCAUCAACAUGACCUUCCAAAACACCGCCGGCGCCGUAAAACACCAAGCCGUCGCCCUCCGAAACAGUGCCGACCUCUCCACCUUCUACCACUGCAGCUUCGAGGGCUACCAAGACACCCUCUACACCCACUCCAUGCGCCAAUUCUACACCCAAUGCGACAUCUACGGCACCGUCGACUACAUCUUCGGCAACUCCGCGGUCGUCUUCCAGAACUGCAACAUGUACUCCAGACUUCCCAUGCAGGGCCAGCAGAACACCAUCACCGCACAAGGCCGCAUCGAUCCGAACCAGAACUCGGGGAUUUCGAUCCAGGGCGGCGGCUUCCUCCCCUCCGACGAUCUCGCGGCGGACAAUGGCUCCACCCAGACGUACCUCGGCCGGCCGUGGAAGCAGUAUUCGAGGACGGUGAUAAUGAGGGCGUUUAUGGGCGGGUUGAUCGAGCCGGCGGGGUGGCUGGAAUGGGAUGGGGACUUUGCGCUGGGGACGUUGUAUUAUGCGGAGUAUGAUAAUAGUGGGCCGGGCUCGGACACGAGCGGGCGGGUGGGUUGGGCCGGGUAUCAUGUGCUGAGGAAUGGGAGUGAUGCGGCGAAUUUUACGGUGAGCAAUUUUAUAAUGGGAGAUGAUUGGCUGCCGAGGACGGGGGUGCCGUACAGCGGCGGGCUGGUUUGAGGGAUUUUUUUGUUUUU